UCUCACUAUUCGGGAACUGUUUCCACGCAAACUCCGUUCGCGUGUCGAUCAUGUUGAGAAUUGCACGUUCCUACCUAAGCAUGUUUUUUGUCGCUCUUUAUGCUGCAAGCUGCGCACUCUCAACGCAGUUUUUGCAGCAAGCAUACCCGCUCUCGUGAAUCAUACGCUCCCCAAUCCGCGCAAUAGUUGCGCGAAACCCCUGGUGAGGUGCGUUUAGUUGCUCGAAAAGCUCCACGCUUUCGUGCAGGGAUGUUGAAAGUACUGUGGACUUAAAUGCUCUUAUACUGCCUCCAACUGACCCUUUGAUACAAGUGGAUACAGUAGAAAAAAGCAAACAAAUUCCCUUGGUAGGAGCAUAUAACCACCGUCUUCUUAACUAAUACUGGAGAACAUAACUACUCUCCCAGGUACGAUCUCUCGCCGCUUCUCCAUCGUCCCAUUUGGUAUGUUCGUGGGCUUUCUCUCUGUCGCUCGCCGCUUUGCCUGGGCCGGACUAAUGGUAUGCGUCGAACGGCGUCGCUAGUUUUAACUCGACCAUCGUACGCUGCGGAUGGAGCGUUUCGUGCGUGCGUGCAAUCGAGCGCCACCGUAACGGGUUGUGAGACUAUCGCCGUCACUGGUGAAGACUUGCUUUGUUCCAAUAUACGUUGGGCCGGCUUUUCCCUGUGUUUGGUAAACAUUUGUUGCAAUACGUUUGUGUUAUAUAUUUUGAACGUCAAGCUUUACGUGAUUAACCGAAUAAUAUAGUGUUGAGAGUUUUGUUUGGCCUGUUAGCUAAAGCCGGUUUUGCUGCCGGAAGUGUUGUAGUGUCUGUGUUUGUGUAAUCUAGAAGGAAUGUGAAUACAUAGCACCAAAAAAAAAAAAAAGAAAUAAUAAAUCAGUGUUCAUCGGUUAAUGUUUGUGGUGAGGGAUCGUCGGAGUAUGAUAAUUUCAGCAUGUGUGUUUUAUGUAUUAAGCACGUGCAUUCUGUUUUGUACCAAGAGCAUCAACAACUAAAAAUUGUGUACCGUUAAGUGUGUGUGUGUGUAUUUAUGUUUGCGUUACAAUGUGUUACAAUAAGUAAUACUUUGCACAUUAAAUCGUCCUCAACCUAGGCGAGUUAUUCGUAUGGUGAAUUAUACAAAAUCACACUACUCGAUCGGUUUUGUCCGUGUGAGGAGAUAAAUUAAUAUCGUAGCAAAAAAAAGAAAAACUAACGCUCCCAUGCACGUCCACAUGUGGCAACAAUGCCCAUAAAUAUGACAACAGCAAGCGCUCCACCGGAUGGCGCCAACGGCAAUACGCUCCCCGUUGGUGACGUUGGUGAUGAGACGGUCGGCUUGCGGAAAUCCCUCACGGCGGCUGGUUCCGCCGGAUAUGCUGGUUCAUCCGCCAGCCCCAACGCGAUUCGCAGUGGACGUCCCGGCAGCGGCCUUAGUCUUAGUGUGUUAGAUUUGGCAGCGAUUCGUAAGAUACUGGAAAACGAAACCGGAGGCGCUCUCUGUCCGAGCUGUCAGAUGCCGUUCGAUAAGGGCAAGAAAAGGAAGCUGAUCGACGCCUGCGGUCACGAACGGUGCUACUCGUGCAUGUUCCGGAACGAAGCUUGCCCGCACUGUCUGGCACAGAAGGAAUCCGGCCAACCCCACCCGGUACACCAUCCGGCAUCCCGUAUGCAAGCGGAUAUGGACAACGAUAUUCUCUCGUCGAAUGGUGCUAUCUACCAACCGCUCACCCGCAAGAUGCACAGCUACGGCAGCAGCAACCAUCUGAUGUCACCGUUGGGAUCGCCGCAGCCACAAAACCGUUCCCAGAUGCGUACGAACGGACACUUUUCCUCGAUCUACCAGAGUCCCUCCGAUCUGCUCGGUACGACGGAGCGCUACAAGCUGAAGGAUCGUCCACCAAAGUGUCCGCCGGGCAGCAAAGCGGAAUCGCACUAUGCCAGCAUCACCAGCACCACCGGUACGACGCAUCAACCGUCCGGCUACGGUGUGAUGAAACCCCUCCAGCAGCGUUCGGCACUGAACAGCAGCAGCGAAAUCACGUCCAGCACUUGUGCGACACCACCACAGAACCGUCGGCGCCUGUUUAGCCCGAAGAAUCUGCGCAGCCCGUUCGGCUAUCGGCGCAGCAAUGGUAAUGCGGACAACUCCACACUGUCGGGUUUGGCCUCUCUGCUCAACCCGGCAACAUUUCAUCGGGCAACGACGGCGGCGGCGAGCAAAAUUAGUCGAUCGAUGGCUCGGUCCAGCGGUGCGUCCGGACAGAUAGGACGCGAUGGGACAACCGGAGGAGGUGGUGGUGGAGCAUCUGUUGGUGGUGGUGGUAGUGGGUUCAAUCUGCUGGCCUCCCAUGGGCCACCGAACGGGAUUAGCAAGCGCCAGCGGAACGCUAAUGAUGGCCAUAAAUUUCAUCGACUCAGUCUCGGUUCGUCCGCGUCGAUGGUUUUCGGCAAAAUUAAAUCUCUCUGGUCGGCCCAGGCGACGACGGUCAACGCGGGAUUGAAUCAAUUAGCAGACGACGAAGGUGGAAACGUGAAACCUUUGGUGAUGAAUGGCAAAUCGAAAUCCUCGCAGGAUGAGCUACAGGUGCGGCUCGGGUUCUUCCUCGAGAAUAACUCACGGCGCAAUCUGCGCGCACCGAAUCAAUCGUGCAGUUCGCUAACGUCGGCCAACACCAGCCCCGUAUCGACACUGACCGGAUCGUCCGAGGCGGAUGUAUCGCGUGUAUUGCAGCUACAGGAACCGAACCCGUACCACACCGGUUGUGAGUCGAUCGGUUCCAUGAUGUCGAUCUCCGAGCAGAGCAAUGCAUCAUCGAGCCCCGUCAGCAGACGUCACUCGGUCACCACUUCCCAGAGCGGUAGUAACGUGGACGAGCUGUUGGCAUUCAAGAGCCGUCGUACGACUGUUCGCCGAUCGGCUCGCUCGGGGCAGAUCAAGGGACCGAUCGAUCCGAAGAUCCGCUUCGCCCAGUACCGUCAGCAACAUCAGCAGCAACAGCAGCAGCAUCAACAGCUGACAUUGAAGCCACUGUUCUUCGAGGUGCCUACGCACGAACCGAACCCACUGUUCGUUGGACGGCAUUGGUUAGUGCGCGAGCUGUCCACCGCCAUCCAAUCCACCGAUACGCCCGGUGUACUGCUGAGCGGAAACCUUGGUACUGGCAAAACCGCUCUACUCCUCCAGCUGGUCGAGUAUUCCUGCUUUGGCCGACGCAAAGAGCUACCGAUACAGGAGAACGAUGGUAUCUACUGUCAGAUCAAUGUCGCACACGACCGUCUGCGCAGUCUCGCUUCGCACGUGGUAGCGUACCACUUCUGCCAGGCGGACAAUAACUCCACCUGCCUUAUACCGGACUUUGUACAUUCGCUGGCGGCACAGCUCUGCCAGGCGCCGCAACUGGCCGCGUAUCACGAGUUUCUGCUCGGGGAGCACGCCCUUCAGCAUGCGCUCAGCGUGAAGGAAUGCAUCGCCAAUCCGGAGCGUGCGAUGACGAUGGGCAUCCUGGAACCGUUGGCGGCUUUGCGCCGUACGGGAAAGAUUCCGGCGAAAAACUGUGUCAUCCUGGUUGAUGCGCUGUGCGAAGCGGAAUACCAUCGGCCGGAUCAUGGCGAUACGGUUGCUUCCUUUCUGCAGCGCAUGAGUGAUCAUUUCCCGCCGUGGCUGAAGGUGAUCGCUACCAUACGGACGCAGAUGCUCGAGUUUUGCAAGGGUUUACCGUACACGAAGAUGAGUCUGGACAGCUGGACGACGAACGAGCUGCUGCAGAAGGACAUUCUCGAGUACAUCACGUACCGGAUCAACCAGAGCCAGAGCAUCCAGCACAAUGUGGCGGGCGGGAAGGAGAUCGUUAACACCAGUGCACACUUUAAGUUUGCUCAGCAUUUGCUCGCCCUGUCGAAAGGGUCGUUUCUGUUCGCGAAGCUUACGCUCGAUCUGAUCGAGCGCGGUAACCUCGUGAUCAAGUCGAGCAGCUUCAAGGUAUUGCCCGUAUCGUUGGCACAAAUAUUCCUGCUCAACUUUAAUCUACGCUUCCCGACCACAACCGCGUACGAUCGCAUUUCGAACAUUUUGGCGGUCUGUUUGGCAGCUCUCUAUCCGCUCACGCUGACCGAGAUCUUCUACUCGCUCAACGCGCUUAUUGCGAGUGAAUCACAGUCGGAUCCGGAACCGGGACCGUCGCAUUCGGCUGCCUCCGAGCCGGAAGGUAUGAUCGAUUGGGAUGAGUUCUUGUGCCGGUUUAAGACGCUAACCGGGUUCCUGGUAAAACGGCUCGACGACACGUACAUGUUCUUUCAUCCUUCGUUCAGGGAGUGGUUGAUAAGGCGCGAAGAUGGCGAAAGUACCAAGUUCCUGUGUGAUCUACGCAAUGGCCAUGCAGGUAUUGCGCUGCGUUUGUCCCGCCUACAGGCACCGCUCGAUCCGGAGCAAGCGCUCGAGCUAGGCCAUCACAUUCUUAAGGCGCACCUCUAUCGGAAUGCUCCCUCGCAUCAAUCGCCCCGUGAUCUGCAGGCGUACUGGGUUGCCUCCGUGACGGGAUGCGUUUCCUCCGCACUUACCACCCUGCGCAAUGUGUACAGUCCGAAUGUGAAAGUUUCGCGCCUGCUGCUACUGGCCGGUGCAUCACCCGAUCAUGUAACGCCGUUCCUUGGCAGUGCACCGAUCCUGUGCAUUGCCGCACACGAAGGCAUUUUGCCGAUGGUUAACCUGCUACUCGAGUUCGGUGCCAGUGUGGAGCAAACGAACAGCCAGGGAUGUACGUCGCUUAUCCUAGCAUCUGCCCGUGGCCAUUGCGAUGUUGUACGUCAGCUCGUAGCGGCCGGUUCAUUCCUUGGCCAGACAGACACUUCACAGCGGUGCGCUUUGGUACACGCGGCCAUUGCCGGUCGGUUGCAGGUGGUGAAGUAUUUGGUUGCGUGCGAUUGGAUACCGCGACCGGCGAGCAACGAUGUGACACUCGAACAGGCAGCCCAACAAGCACUUACGGCCGCUGCCGGUCAGGGCAAUACGGACAUUGUUGAAGAUCUGCUCGAUAUGGGUGAGGUGCAGGUGAACCGGUUGGAUGUGAUUACUGGCGAAACGGCACUCACCACAGCGUGUACCAACGGGCACACGGAAACGAUCGCAACCCUGCUCAACCGGGGUGCAUCACCGGAGGUACGCAAUCGCAAGGAGAUGGCACCGUUGCUGAUAGCGGUGAAAGAAGGUCAUUGGGCGAUUGUCGAACGCUUGCUACAACAUCCGGCCGACUGUGAGCAAACGGAAGCGAACAACAAAACGGCACUGAUGAUCGCGGCCGAGGAAGGUCACGUGGGCGUUAUCGAGCUGCUGCUAAGUCGUGGUGCUUCACUUACGGCACAGGAUAAGGAUGGACUGACGGCGCUGAGUUGGGCGUGCUUGCGUGGUAAACAGCAGGCGGCCAAAUGUUUGCUGGAACGUGGAGCCGACAAACAGCACGCCGACGGUACCGGUCGUACACCGCUCGAUCUGGCCGCGUACCAAGGUUCGGCAUCGCUCGUACAGAUGCUGCUCGAUCAUGGAGCGCAGAUUGAACACGUGGACAUUAAUGGGAUGCGCCCGCUGGAUCGUGCCAUUGCCUGCCGGAAUGUGCAGGUUGUUCAGGUGUUUCUGAAGCGUGGUGCUAAGCUUGGUCCUGCGACAUGGGCCAUGGCAAACGGGAAGCCAGAGAUAAUGUUAAUAUUGUUGAACAAGCUGCUGGAGGAUGGUAACACACUGUACAGAAAGAACCGGCUACAGGAAGCAUCACACCGAUAUCAGUACGCGCUGAAAAAGAUCCCAUCCGUACCGGGCCCUUCCGGUGGUGACGUGAAUGGUAAUGGUGGAUGUACGUUGGUUACCGAUCCGCUGACCGGUAGUGCCGUUCCCGACAGCAACAACAAUAGCAGCCACACGAGCAACAAUGUGGCCACCUUCCAGCAGUUGCGGUUUAAUUUCUUGCUCAAUCUGUCUCGCUGCAAGCGAAAAAUGAACGAUGUAGCAGAUGCGAUCGAGCUGGCGCGGCAAGCGAUCGAGAUUAAACCGAACGCGUACGAUGGAUACUAUGCCCGAUCGAAGGCACUGAUGGAACAGGGCAGCUACAGCGAAGCACUGCGGGAUGCAUCUGCAGCGCUAGCACGCGCCCAACCGACGACGGCUGAAAUUCGUGAAACUCUGACACGUUUGCACGGUGACUUACAGAAGCGCCAGAUGCAGGUAAUAGCGGAUACGGCCAAUACGGCCCUAGCUAGUGUUGGUUUGUCGGCGACAGUGAUAACUACGGCAGCAACGAUCGAGAGCGCUAGUACACGUUCCAGCUCGGUUCACAGUGGUCGCUCGUUCGCUGAAUCCAUGGACAUUAUAACGGAUCUGUGAGUUUUUGAGGGCCUCUCUGCCCAUCCCAUUCCGGAUUGUUGGUUUAUUUGCACGUGUAUCGUUUAGUAGUAACGGUUUAUUAAUGACGAAUGGGCAGCUCGGAGGAGUUAGUGAAGUAUACGAUCGUUUAGAAAAUUAUUUCAAAAUUAUCGGACGAACUGAUUGCUGAUUCAAAUGUUCUUUUAAAGACUUUUGGUAAAGCAAUCAUUACUAUUUUUACCGACAAACUUAUAGAAAACUAAACCAAACGAAAUUUUAGAGCCACAUACUUUGGCAAACGACAAUCGAAAUUAUGCUAGCGCCCAGGAAAUCUUGAAACGAAUCAGUGCGAUGAAUCUUACGUUUAUUUAAUUUAUCGAAAACAUUUCCAUAUUACACUUUCCUGCAGAUAAUGCCCACAACACAAGCAAAAUAUCCCCCAUUAUCCAUCCUCCCCUUCAGCCUUUGCCAAUAUGGGUUGGGGCGGGUGUGUCGGAAUGGGUGCUGAAUUCCUUACGUUGUUGAACCGCACAACAACGCUGUGUAAUUGUUCUUGUUUAUAAUUAUUUCCAUUUUUUUGUCUCUACAUACGUUUAUAGUUUACAGUAUGUGCAGGAUAGGACAGUGCGGCGAAUAGUGCCACUGAUUAUAUAUAAUUGUAUUUAUACGCAUAAUUUUAAUUCAGCUUUAGAUGCCUCGCCUGUUGCGUCCAUUGGAUGCGAAGGCACGCCAAAAAGGAUCUUUUAGCAAACACACAAACACACACUCACAGUGACAAUUUAAAGGAGAGUUUGUUACUUACCUAUUCACACGAUUAAAUUAUGAUUUAUUGGUAGGAAUUGAGCUGGAAGCUUGAAUUAACAAGCAGGAUAGAGUGCGUACACCAAUCAUACUAGCCAACCAUAACAGCCUAAGGCAUGCUGAUGUAUUUGCUGUAUGUGUAUGAGAGUGGUCUGUGCUUUUGUUCUUUUAAUUAUUAACGAAACGCAUCUUAAUUAUUUAUAGUUAUGCUAGAUUAAUUCCACAUAGGGUACGUUUGUAUACAGGAAGCUCAAAGUGCAGCAUACAGGAAAGAUAGGAACGAUAUGAAGAUGAAGCUAAAUUUGUAGCCCUUAAGACAGCAGUAGUUUUGUAAGAAAUAUAAAGAAUUGAAGCAAUAAAUGAAAUUAUGACGAUUUAAAAUAAAA